GAUGUCGUUAUUUUUGCUUUACAAUCCUUAGUAUAGUUCGCAGAUAACACUAUCAUAUAGACUUUCUGCACGUUCUUGGAGAGAUGAUAACCGCCAUCCAAUUGUUCAUAAAACCGCUCAUAAGAGAAUGCCAGAAAAGGAUUGCCUCAUUUGAAUUUAACUUCACAGGUGGCUUGUAUUGUAAUGGAACAGUGGAUGACUUUGGGGGUUGCUUCAAUGUUACAAAGGCAGGACAAACAGAAAGGAUAGAAUGUCCGUUUUUCUUCAACAAGAAAGGUGUUGUGUACAAAACAUGUUCAGAGAAGGGGGAAUGGAUGAAAUCUAAUUAUCAGAAUUGUCGAAAGCUAAAUUUUGAAGAAGAUGAGGCUAUGGCUCCUGUGUAUGUCUUUAUUGGAGGAUAUUCUGUAUCCAUCAUUCUUUUAACACUAUCACUUUUCAUUUUCUAUUAUUUCCCUCAGCUACAGUGUGGACGCGUGACCAUCCAUAAAAACCUAUUUCUCUCCUAUAUUCUGACUGGGAUCAGUUGGAUUCUUUAUUACGUCGUGGUCACAUUUGACGGAGAUGUUCUUCUAAGAAAUCCGGCUUGGUGUCAGGUUCUUCAUGUAAUUACGUACUUUUGUAUGGUAUGUAACUACUUCUGGAUGUUUUGUGAAGGUUUCUAUCUUCAUACCAUCCUCCUUAGAGUAUUUGGCACCGGAAGGAGGCUGAUUGUUAUGUGUCACGUGACCGGAUGGGUAUUUCCAAUAAUACCUACUGCAAUAUACGCCACGAUACGAAGUUAUGAUCCAUCAAAAAGUAUAAAGUGUUGGAACCCUUACAGCGAUUACCUUUGGAUUAUAUAUGGUCCCAUUAUUGGAUCACUACUGUUAAAUGCCUUUUUCCUAAUCAACAUUGUUCGCCUGCUUAUGACAAAACUGAAAAGAGUUCCAGAAGCUGCUCAAACAAAGAAAGCAGCCAAAGCCACAUUGGUUCUAAUACCAUUACUUGGUCUUCACAAUCUUCUUUUACCUGUUCGUCCAGAGGACGGUUCUUCAAUGGCCGAGGUUUACACUUUUCUUAUUGCAAUUUCUUUGUCUCUUCAGGGGUCUUUCGUGGCGGUUAUUUUUUGCUUGUUCAAUACUGAGGUUACAACGAUAUUAAAGAGGAAAUGGCAGCAACACAUGUUAAUGAGAGGAACGCCAUGUAUAAGAAUGGGUAGCACUCACGUCACUACCUACUCAAUGACAGAGAACGGACAGGCGGAUAUUAUAUCGGAGAAUUUCAUGGGGGAAUCUAAAAGGAGUCGCCCUGUGAAUGUCUAGACCUCGGACGACGCGAAUGGAGUGUUAGUUUGAAAAUUGAUGUUCAUACGUCCAAGUAUAUUGGAAUCCAUUGUCUGUUCCCGCUUUCACUCUUAACGAUAUUGAAAGUAAAAUUUUUAAAACAAA